AUGAGCCUUAAAAUUUCAUGUAAAGCCUCUGACAACGACAAACAUGAGUGGGAUAUAACAUUUUUGCUGUAUCACAAAGGGAAACUAUAUAGCGCAGCUGAUGAUGGAAAAAUAAAGGUUUGGUCGCAAGAUUUAAAAAAAUUAGCUGAAAUCGAAGCUCAUCCAUGUUCAGUGUUUUGUUUAGCAGCAAACGAUGAAACAUUGUUUUCAUGUUCAAAUGAUGGUACCAUCAAAUUAUGGGAAUUGGAUACUUUAAAGGAAAAAGAGACUCUGGUUAAAAGUUCCGACACUGAAUAUUGGAGAGUAGCCUAUUCGGAUGGAUGUUUGUUUUCUGGAGACGACAAAGGAGAUAUAAGUAUUUACAAAAGUAAUAAAUUAUAUGGACAAGUUAACAUUGCGGAACCUAUAAAAGACUUGGCAGUUUAUAAGGGCUUUGUUUUUACUGUUAAAGAUUUAGACUUGGUAGUCACAGAAAUAAAAUCAGCAGGAGAAAAAAUUCAAUUUGAAACGAAAACUUCGUUCAUGGGUAGAGCUCCCGUAACACUUAUCGGCGAAAAUUUGUUUGCCUUUGCCACUAGAGAAGGAAAAGAAAUACAACUUCAUGAAAAUAACGUGCAAUCUAGAUUCAAGCAAGUUGCUAGGAUAACGCAUGGAUCUGACAUGAUCAUAAACGCCUUAGAAGGAGUUAUAUGGAACAAUCAAGAGCAAUUUUUUAGCGGUGGCUGGGACAAACUCUUGAAACGAUGGAUAAUUAAAAAUAACGGUCCAAACAACGAAGGAACUUUGGAUGUUGGAUUGGUCAUUAUUAGUUUGGCUGGUGGCGAGCAAAAUCAAAUGUAUGUUGGAUGUGCCGAUGGACAUAUUGUUAGAGUUGACAUAGCUUAA